GGGGAGCGGCGUCAUCCCUGGAACCUGCGGGACUUCCUCCCUCUGCUCGUCUGGGUCACCGUGUCUGUCCGUCGCUGGCCUCUUCUCCCUCUCAGCAGCUGUCUCUCUCGCCCCUGGCCUGUUUCUCCUCUUCCCCGCAGUCGCCUCCUUCUCCGCCUGCCUGGGUGGCCGCCAUGGGCCGGAAGCGGCUCAUCACUGACUCCUACCCCGUAGUGAAGAGGCGGGAGGGGCCCGCCGGGCACAGCAAGGGGGAGCUGGCAGCUGAGCCAGGCGAGGAGCCCCAGUCCCCCAGCGGGGAUGUGGACGAAGCGGAGCUGGAGCUGCUGAGGCAGUUUGAUCUGGCCUGGCAGUACGGGCCCUGCACAGGGAUCACACGGCUGCAGCGCUGGCAUCGGGCAGAACAGAUGGGCUUGGACCCUCCCCUAAAGGUGCAUGAGGUGCUACGGACCCACCUCGGAGACCCCCGCUUCCAGUGCAGCCUCUGGCAUCUGUAUCCCAUUUGAGGCACCACCUAGGACCUCCUGCCCAGGACCUCCUGCCCUUGACAAUCCUGCAGCCAUCAAGAACUUCAGAAGAGAUGGAAGAGCCAAUUGCUGCCCUCAGCUCAGCCUGCUGUGGAGGAACAUGUGGCAGGAAGAGUCUCACAGGGAAAGCCCAGCCCCUCCAUCAACCAUCAGGCUCCAGGAGCCCCCCUCAGAGUCUGUGCAGAGGAAGCUGCGCCUCUCCUAGAUGGAGAGUGGUCUUUGAGGACAAGGACUUGGCCAUGAGCCUCCUGAACCUGCCACGUAUCUCCCUAAACACUGGGGCUCCUGGGGACAGUGUGGCAAAUUAGGCCUAGCCUUGGCAGAACCAGACUUAGGCAGCUGAGGCAAAGAUGCACUUCCCCCUGAGGUUGGCAUCUGAGGGCAGAGACUGGCUGAGCUCACAGGGCAAGGAGUUCACUAACACUUACCAAUAAAGAACCUGGAAUCCUGACCUUCAGUCCCUUAAUGUGACCUUGCUUUGGCUGGCAGUCCCCAGCAAGUGGGUAGGUGAGAGCGGGUCAGUGCCAGGCCUCUUUUUCUGCAAGACUCCUGGGUGCCCACACCUCUUUGCUGCCUACACCCCAGGGCUGAGAAGGAAGGUUGAUGCCUUAGGAGAUACGAUCUGGCCAGAGCUGAGCAGCCUCUGGCGCCCCCUGGUGGUGCACAGGGAAACUACUCUUCUUUAGUCAUUUCAUUGACCAGCUAGGGGAAACCUGACCUGCGAACUACCUAGCCCUGCCCAGUGUCGCCCAUCCCAGAGACAGAUACCUCCUUUGCCAGAGAAGGAUACAUGGGACCCAUGGCUCAGAAGUCCAGACAGACCCACACAUUCCCAGCAAGCACCUCUGCUUCCCACACUGGGGGCUACCUGGAUCCAAAGCACGGUUGGGAGAGGGUCUCAACCUGCAGGACCUGCUUAGAGGUGGCCACCAUCUGAGGGGGAUGUGGUAAGGAACUGGCUGGAGCCAGAAACAAUGAUUAGGGGGCCCUAGGACAGGGUCUGGCAAAGAGAAUGCAUCAAUAUCCCUUAUAUAGUACUUCCUUCAUUUGACACAUUAGCCCUCCAUACUGGGGCAGACAGAGAUGAGAUUAUUAACUCUUUGGAAACAAGCCUACAGAGAAGCUCUGUGGCCUUUGCAGCCUCCUUUUCACUGAGUGCUAUGUCUCAGGUACUUUAAAUGUGUUAUCUCCAAUCCUCCUACUAAAAAACCUUCACGGCAGAUUUUACAGAGAGGGAAACUGGAGCUCAGAAAGGUUAAGUAAAAUCCACCAUCACACAGCAGGGAAGUGGCAGGGCAGAGACUAGGGUCUACACCCAGUCAGGCUCUUCCAGGCUACAUACAAUGUCCCCUGCCCAUCUACUGAGUACUUACUAUGUGCCAGGCAUCAAAGGUCCUCUUGUGUCAUUAGUGGUGAGGACGUUGACAAAAACACGUAAAUAUAAGGUCAGAUGGUGGUUAGUGGCAGCAAAAAUAAAGGCUAGGGUCAGAGGGUGCCAGGGUGCCAUUUUAGAGUGGU